UGCGCCCCCGCCGCUGUGGACGAAUCAUGAAUCGGACCUCAUGUGGUAGGAUGCACCAGAAAAAUGGCAUCUGGCGUGUCGCAUCCCGAGGUGUUGAGUAAACAGGGGCAAAGGCCUGUCAUCGUCGCCAAGAACGGAUGCGUUCCGACUGCGCACGGAGCGAUGGCCGAUGCAUGCGUGGGCGAGACAAGGGCCCGAUGGACCCUUGGGUUGCCUUGGGCACCUGCGGGAUGUACCUCAUUCAAUGGUUGGGGCGCCACAUUCAAUCUUCGAGUAAUUCAAAACGCCAUGGAAAGCUGUCACAUCCCCCUUGCAACAAGGGCACGAGCACUCCUGGAGGAUAACACACGUCCAAGGCGACGCCGAGCCACAAACUACCGAGUGAUAUCACCCUAGUACACCAGACUGUGCCACCUCAAACAUUCCCGGGAUGUGGGGGCGCUUCCCCCCGUGAUUCCAGCAAUGUACACCUAACGGCAUCCACAGUCAGGUCUAGGCCGCAUCGCGCCCGACUGGCGCAUUCGUUUCAUGCCAUGUCAACGUUGCAAAACGGCCGCGCCUUUUCAACUCGAUGUCGGUGCGCGUGCCGGCUGUAGGGACCAAGCCUGUACGCAAGCAGCCGAUUCGACAUGCGUCCUACGCUGACUCGAGCGAUGGCUAUGGCGACAGCAACAAUCCAGCCAUGUGCUCGCUCGUGGACAAGCGCGAAGUGUGUGCUGCUGUCUUGCGCGAAGGGCUCGUGCAGUCGUUCGUUGACUUGUUUUACCUCGUGCAUCGCGUAGACACGCACGUGACGGCGGAUGGCCAGGAAAUGAAGGAACCAGUCGCGAUCUCGCCCGCGCAAAUCAAAUUUCUUCGUGACCAUCUCACCGCGGCCGAGAAGGCACGGCGCCAAGGGGACGUCAUCCACGUGUUUGAAUCGUACGAGAAGCUCGCUGUGUACUUCAUGGACCAGCAAGACCUCCGAACGGGAGUGUUUUUCCACGAAAAGUGCCUCGAGAUUGCCCGCAUCUCCCGCAACCAGGACUUUGAAUUGGCGGCGCUCGAGAAUUUGGGCAAUGCAUACUACGGCCUCAAGGAAUUCCACAAGGCCAAAGAAAACCACGAGCUUCACCUUGCGCUCGUUACCCAGAUGCGCGCAGCGGGCGCGCACGAAUCGAAUCGGGCCGAGGCCGCUGCGAUGGCCCAGCUGAGCAAGGUGUACGAGGAGGUUGCGCGACAGCACGAAACCAAACGCGAGUACGACCAAGCCAUUGCGAUCCAUGCGAAAUUCCUUCAAUGCGCCCAAGAAGCCAAGGACUUGACCAACGUCGCGGCUGGCCAUUACCGCAUCGGGUGCUGCUUUAACGCCAUGAACCAGCCCACGGACGCCCUCGUCUACCUCAAAGACUAUCUCGUCAUGUGCAAGAACUUGGGCGAUACGGACGGCGAGUGCAAUGCGUAUGCUGCCCUUGCCACAACGUUCGAAGCGACCGGGCACGCGUCGCAAGCGAUGGACUACCUCAAGGAGUACUUGAUCACUGCCGAAAAGAUCGGUAGCGUCAUCAUCUACAUCGCACCGUCGAAACGAGGGCACGAACUGUCUUGGUUUAGAAAACGUCGUGGCCCAGGCCGAGGCAUGUCGCCGCCUUGGGCUCCUCUACAGCGCCGCCAAAGACUUCAACUUGGCCGCCGAAAUGAUGGAGCGCAAUUUUGACCUGAUCAAGAACGCCACCAAGAGCGACACGGCCCUGCUCGACCAGGCCCGCAUCAGCCUCGGUGUCAUCCGCGCGCAUCAAAAGUUCCACUUGUUUGUCGACUUUGUCACGUCCGACCUCGAUGGGUUCCUCAAGUGGAAGGCGUCGCGGACGAUUGAGCCCAAGGCGUAGCUAUCGAUGCACCCAAACAUGUAGCCGUUGCUGGCAAGAGUGCUAUGCUUAUGAGGUGCCAAUGGAGAUAACGUCAUGGACCAUGAAGCCGUAACGUGGUCGAGCUGCCUG